UAGAACAUAAAAUAGAAGAAGGCAGUUUGUUCCUGAUAGACGACAACAACACAGAGGAAACUAUAGACGUGUUUACUGAAAAUUCUUAACGAUAAUGUUGUCCAAGGGCGGGUAAUGUUCUGAUUGAGGACAUGGAGAGGGUGAGUCAAACCCAAGUGUCUCGCCAGCAUGGGCUAGAUGAAUCGUCCAAGCGGUUUUCACCCGGGCGCCUCGUCUACCGCUGGGAAGAGCGGGCCAGUUCGCUGCUCCAUGGCCUGAAUGAACAGCGCCAGCAUGGGCAGCUGUGUGACGUAGUGCUAGUGGCAGAUGAGCAGAAGGUGCCCGCUCACCGAGCCUUGCUGGCCGUCUCCAGUCCAUACUUCCAGGCCAUGUUCACGCUGAGCAUGCGGGAGGCACAUCAGACGGAAGUGGAGCUAGUGGGCACGUCUUACGAAGGCCUGAGGGCGCUGGUGGACUUCCUGUAUAGCGGUGAGCUGCUGCUGGACGAUGGUAACAUCGAGCACGUGCUGGAGACAGCGCACCUGCUACAGGUGUGGCACGCAGUGGACUUCUGCUGCCAGUUCCUGGAGUCACAGGUGAGCACCGACAACUUUCUGUACCUGCAGAAGCUGUCCCUGCUCUACAGCCUGGAGCGCCUGGACGCAUUCAUCGACCAGUUUGUGCUGGAGCGCUUCAGCUUGCUCUCGCUCUCCUCUCACUUCCUGUGCCACAUGUCGGCAUCCAAGAUGGCCGCCUACCUGUCGGACGAGCGAGUGCAGCAGCAGAGCGAGCAGGCGCUGCUGAGUGCUGCGCUGCAGUGGCUCGCCCACGUGCCCGAUCGGACCGAACAUGCCCGGCAGCUGCUUUCCCACGUGCGCUUCCCCCUCAUGCCCACGGCCGUGCUGGCUGAGUGGGCCCUGGCGGCGGUGCGCUCUCUGUUGCCCCCGGAGGCCGGCUGCGAGCCCCUGCUGGAGGAGGCGCUGAACUACCAGGCCUGUGUCAGUGGCCAACCUCUGCUCCAGAGCCCACGCUCACAACUCAGGGGGGCCUUGGAGCGCCUCCUGCUGGUCGGGGGCGAGGUUUCGGAGAGGGGCGACGAGCUGAGCGCAGAAGUGUGGCGGUACGAGGAGGGCGGAGAGCGGGGGGGUUGGGAGGUGGAGACACACCUGCCUGCGCGGAGGAGCCAUCACUGUGUUGUCGUGCUGGGGGGGUUCCUGUUCACUACUGGGGGGAGCACGGCACGAGACAACGGGGGGGACACUGCCAGUAACCUGCUCUACCGCUAUGACCCCCGCUGCAACACCUGGAUCCAGGGGGCCUCCAUGAGCCAGCGUCGUGUGGACUUCUACCUUGGUGCUGUGGGGGAGUGUCUGAUUGCUGUUGGAGGGAGAAAUGACGCCGGUGCCCUGUCAUCUGUGGAGGUGUACCAUCCUGCGGAGGACUACUGGGAGUUUGUGGCUGACCUACCCAGGUUGACCUACGGACACGCAGGCUCUGUGCUCAACGGUCUGGUCUACAUCUCUGGCGGCCACGACAUCCAGAUCGGUCCAUAUCGCCGUAACGUGCUGAGCUACAACCCACAGCCUGGCAGCCGGAGUGACUCGUGGGUGGAGUGCCCACCGAUGCUCCUGGCACGCGGCUGGCACUGCAUGGCGUCGCUCGGUGACCGCAUUUAUGCGCUGGGCGGCAGCAAUGACCACCAGGACAGCAUUGAGCGCUUUGACAUCCUGGACGUGGAGACUUUUGAGCCACGCAGCGAGCAGUGGACGCUCUUGGCCCCCCUGCUCAGGGCCAGCAGCGAGGCGGCGGUGGCCGUGUUGGGGGGCUGCAUCUACGUGCUGGGGGGCUACAGCUGGGACACACUGGCCUUCUCCCACACCACGCAGGUCUUCCAUCCGGACACAGGACACUGGGCAAGGGGGCUGGAUCUGCCUAAGCACAUCGCCGGGGCAACGGCGUGCGUGUGCCCUGUCAUGCCACUGCCCAGCAGCCCCCAGGUGAGAUUGAGGCAGAGCAGGGGGAGGGGUCUCAGGAAACCCCUCCGACAGGAGCAGGACAGGUGAACGAUAUACUGAGGGAUUCCUCCCCAAUCUCAUAAUCCUGCCAUCUGCAUCGGUUUGGACUUCAGGUUGUGUUUGCCUUAAAAAUAAUUCCACAAUUAGCAACAGCAGAUGGGUUGUUAAAUAUAGACCUUGGAUGGUGUUUUGUAAUGCCCUGGGGUUUCUAUCAGUGGGUUUAUGAGGAUGUUUCAGAACAUAAAUAAAGUAUCGAUAAUC